GCUGUUGGAUUGACUGGUAAGACAGAGGGGGUAGUCGAGCCGUUAUGCAUCAUCGGUAUAAUCCACAUUGUUAACGAAGAAACAAAACAGACAAUCAAACUUUCAUUUUCAAAUAUAUAAAUUUGUCACGAAUUCAAACAUCAUUUCGCUUUACCGUGAAAUCAAAUUCGAUCAUGAUUGCCGCUAAGCGACUGAUACAGAAAGCUGUACACCACCACCACCACCAGCAGCUGGACGUGCAACGUGGCAACUUGAAAUCGACGGACUUGGAUUUACAUAUUUCUGUUCACUACGGUGUCCCUUCUACGGCGUCGCUUCUUGCUUUUGACUCUAUUCAGCGUCUAUUAGCCAUUGCAACACUAGAUGGGCGAAUUAAAGUUAUUGGUGGCGAUGGAAUUGAAGGAAUUUUUAUAUCCCCGAAGCAAUUGCCUUAUAAAAACUUAGAGUUUCUGCAAAACCGUGGUUUCUUAGUUAGCAUUUCAAAUGAGAAUGAUAUUGAGGUGUGGAAUCUGAAGAGCAGAUGCCUGAAAUGUUGUUUGCAAUGGGAAAAAAAUAUUACUGCAUUCUCUGUAAUCAGUGGCUCCUACCUCAUGUAUAUUGGAGAUGAAUAUGGUUUGAUGUCUGUAGUGAAGUAUGACGCUGAUAAUGCUAAGCUUUUACGGUUGCCAUAUAACAUACCUUCAAACCAGUUAAAUGAAGUGGCUGGAUUUCCAUCAUCUGAUCACCAACCUAUUGUGGGACUUCUUCCUCAUCCAUGUUCUUCUGGAAAUAGAGUGCUGAUUGCAUAUGAAAAUGGACUGAUGGUUCUUUGGGAUGUUUCUGAAGCUCGGAUUCUUUUUGUUGGAGGUAGUAAGGAUCUUCAAUUGAAGGAUGGAAAUGUUGAUUCCCAAAGUGGGCCACAUACUAAUCUUCAAGACAACGCAUCUAACGAUCAAUUACAAGACAAAGAGAUAAGUGCUCUUUGCUGGGCAUCUUCCAAUGGGUCCAUUCUUGCAGUUGGAUAUGUAGAUGGAGAUAUCUUGUUUUGGAAAACAUCAACUGAUUCCUCAAUUAGAGGUCAACAAAAUGAAUCCUCAAGCAGCAAUAUUGUUAAGCUGCGAUUAUCAUCUGCUGAGAGGAGACUACCUGUUAUUGUCUUACACUGGUCUGCCAGCAAUAGAUCUAGUAAUGGUUGUGAUGGUCAUCUGUUUAUUUAUGGUGGUGAUGAAAUAGGAGCUGAAGAAGUUCUGACGGUUUUAACACUAGAAUGGUCAUCUAGGACAGAGACAUUAAGAUGUACAGGUCGUGCUGACAUCACACUCACUGGCUCUUUUGCUGACAUGAUUUUGUCUCCAAGUGCUGGGUCAACAGGGGGUAGUCACAAAGCUGCUGUAUUUGUAUUGACAAAUCCCGGAAAGUUGCAUCUUUAUGAUGAAGCUAGCUUAUCUGUCUUGUUAUCUCAGCAAGAGAAGGAAAGAUCUGUCUCUGCUGUAGAGUUUCCUGCAAUGAUACCUAUGGCUGAUCCAUCCUUGACUCUUGCAAAAUUCACUGUGCUGCCUGCAUGCACAAACUUGUCAAAAGUCCUAUCUGAGAUGGCCUUAGUUAAAAAACAAGGCACCACCCUUGCCCCAACCGGUGGUAUUAAGUGGCCUUUGACUGGGGGUGUACCUGCCUAUUUGUCCUCGGCAAAUAAAAGUAGUAUUGAAAGAUUGUAUAUAGCAGGUUAUGAAGACGGAUCUGUUCGGUUUUGGAAUGCCUCAUGUCCUGUCCUAUCACCUAUUUGUGUUAUAGAAGGCAAGGUGGAAGGUGUAGAAGUUGCUGGCUUUAGUUCUCCGGUAUCAAGUCUGGACUUCUGUCCUCUUACCUUAACUUUGGCAGUUGGCAAUAAGCAUGGGGUGGUUCGUAUUUAUAACCUCAGCAGCAACUCAACUGAGAAGAAUUUUCACCUUGUGACACAGAAUAAAAAUGAAAUUCACAUUCUGCCUCAAGGGAAAAGACCUCACUGUAGAGCGGUUUUUUCUCUCCUUACAUCCCCGAUUCAUGUACUACAGUUUCCAAGUUCUGGAGAAAAACUUGCCAUAGGUUUUGAAUACGGUCGGGUGGCAGUCCUUGACAUGUGUUCAUUAACAGUUCUGUUCUUCACGGACUGUCUUUCUAGCUCUAGCUCUCCAGUCAUUUCACUGACCUGGUUGAAAUAUGAAAGCAUUGGUAGCCUUUUAAAAACACCAAAGCAUUCAGAAACUAAUACUCCUAUGAAUCCUGAAGAUGAAGUCAUUUUUUCCUCAACCAAGGAUGGCUUCCUUAACAUUAUUAAUGGUUGUAGUGGUAGCAUGAUCAGCUCUAGUCCCUGGCACCUGAAAAAGAAAUCAUAUCCGAAAAAGAAAAUAAUUGCUAUUUCGAUGUUUGUUAUAGAGGACAGUAGUCCAGUCUCUGUCUCGACAAAUGGAAAGCAGGCAGAGGAGUCUUUCCAGGAUAUGGCUACACAUAGUGUUGAGCCAAGGGAUAAAACUAUUUCAACAGACACCGGCUCACAUAGCAGCAAGCACGCUUCCUCUGCAGGUGCCACGCUCACCACAGGCAGAUUAAUGGAUCCACUUAUUCUGCUAUGUUGUGAAGAUUCAUUGAGCUUGUACUCUGCAAAGAAUGUGAUUCAGGGAAACAGUAAAUCCAUUUCCAAAGUGAAACACACAAACCCUUGCUGUUGGGUUUCAACUUUUAAGAAAGAUGAAAAAGUUUGUGGACUGAUCUUGCUGUUUCAGACUGGAGUAAUUGAAAUCAGAUCCUUUCUGGAUUUUGAAUUGGUGAAAGAAAGCUCCUUAAUGUCAAUUCUUAGGUGGAACUUCAAAGCAAACAUGGAGAAAAUGAUUACUUCGGACAAUGAGCACAUUGCAUUGGCAAAUGGAUGCGAGUUGGCUUUUAUCUCGCUACUAUAUGAUGAAACUGGUUUAAGGAUCCCAGAGUCAUUUCCGUGUCUUCAUGAUGAUGUCCUUGCUGCCGCUGCAGAUGCUGCCAUUAGUUUCUCAUCAGACCAGAAGAAAAAGCAGGGUACUAAACCCGGAAUUCUAGGUGGUAUUGUCAAAGGCUUUAAGUCAGAAAAAAUAGAGCGGACUCUGGAUUUUACUCCAACAGCGCAGUCCAAUUUUAGACACCUAGAGGACAUUUUCUUGAAGUCCCCAUUCCCAGGCUUACUUCCAACAGGCACUGAUAAUCAGGAAUUGGAGCUUAAUAUAGAUGAUAUUGAGAUAGAUGAAUCUCCUCUAGCCACAGGAACUUCAUCACAGGAAGUGAAAAGCAGAAAAGAUAAGGGUACGGAAAGGGAACAGUUAUUGGGCAAGGCUGAUGAUAUGCAACCCAGACUUAGGACACCUGAAGAAAUUAUAGCUCAAUAUAGAAAAGUUGGGGAUGCCUCGUCGGUUGCUGCGCAUGCAAGAAACAAGCUUGUGGAAAGGCAAGAAAAGCUGGAGAGAAUCAGUAGGCGCACUGCAGAGCUGCAAAACGGAGCUGAAGACUUUGCAUCAUUAGCGGAUGAGCUAGUUAAGGCAAUGGAGAAUAGAAAAUGGUGGCAAAUAUGAACAAGAGAAUGUCUGGUUAGAUCGGCUCCUGCAACUUGGUUGCUCACAUCCUUAGUAACUCGGGCAUCAUCAACAAGUGCCAUCGUUUUGUUGGAUGUAAAGCACAGCCUAAUUUUCCUUUUCCACAUUAUAACAUUCAGCUUGUGUGCAGCAUUUUUUAUUUUUAUUUUUGUUAUAUUCCUUGUACAGGAGAUUUUUCAUUUCAUCUUGUAGAUCAAAAGGGGAAAAGAAAAAGGAAAAGGAAAAGGAAAAAGAAGGUAAUUUUUUAAUUUAA